AUGGAAUCCCUUGGCAAGCAGUUCCUCGAAACGCUCUUCCGGGAAGGCUGGCGGUUCACCCUUCUCAACUCUCGGCAGGCGUUGGCCCCGGACACGGUGCCCGGUCUCGGCGGGGGAAGCGUUAGCCGCCCAGGCGUGCCCGAGGAAGGCCUUGCUGCGCCGGUACUGGUAGGCGGCUUCAUCGGUCUGGCGGUCGAAGGCGCCGCCCGCGUAGCGCGGGUUCACCUGGGCCGCCUCGGGACGCAUCUCGCCGAGCCAGUCAAAGAAGUCGGUCAGGUGGGUGACGAUGUGCGAAGCAUCCUGCGGCGAGCGCGGCGCCCAGCAAAGGCCACUGGGGUCCAGACCGGUCGCACGGUCGAAGGUGCCGGUGUACAGCCGCUGGGCGAAGUUCUGGAACAGACGGUAGGUGUCGCGCUCGCCAGGGUUGGAUUGCAGGUAUUCGAGGAACAUCCGCACCGAGCGGGUCACUUUCGACAUCCAGGCCAAGCUGCGGUCGUGGCUGCGGUACAGGCAAUAGUCCAGCAAGGGCUCCAGCACCCCCGCCGGGCCCCGGUGGCAUCAGUAUGGACACGGGCUUUGACGGUCACGAACAUGGUCGACCUAGACAGCCAAGGUGCGCAACAGGUCAGUUGCGCCUUUGAAAUCGAUGUGGCGCGCAUGCAUGACCAUAUCCAUGGCGCCCCCACCGCAGCGCUGGAGCCGGGUAUCGAAGAACUUGGGGCCGCGCAGCAGCAAUUCGAAAUCCCGCCCUUCAACAUUGAUGUGAUAGC